CGUCAAUCUCUGACCAUGCAGGAUUAAUAGAGAACUGCAGACAAGGAGAGUAUCACAUAGAGAUUGGAUAAAACUUCUAAAGGGCUACGAAUCGCAGGCAGCGGGCGAUGAAGAUCCUCCAUAUCCCGUGCUUGGACGACAACUAUUCCUACCUGAUCAUAGACGAAUCCACUAAGGAAGCCGCUGCGGUGGACCCGGUUGAGCCGCACAAGGUCCUCAGUGUGGCGGAGGAGAACGGCGUUGAUCUCAAACUCGUCCUCACCACUCACCAUCACUGGGAUCAUGCUGGUGGAAAUGAUAAACUGAAGCAGUUGGUACCUGGAAUAAAGGUUUUUGGUGGUUCAACUGAUAAUGUGCAGGGUUGCACAAAUAAGGUUGAAAAUGGUGACAAGAUAUCUCUUGGAGCUAACAUCAACAUAUUAUCUCUUCACACAGCUUGCCAUACUAAAGGUCACAUAAGUUACUAUGUAACUGAUAAAGAGGCAGAUGAACCUGCUGUUUUCACAGGAGAUACUCUGUUCAUAGCAGGUUGUGGUAAGUUUUUUGAGGGCACUGCAGAACAAAUGUAUCAAUCACUUUGUGUGACAUUGGCCUCAUUGCCCAAGCCAACUCGAGUAUACUGUGGCCAUGAGUACACGGUAAAGAAUUUGCAGUUUGCUUUGACAAUUGAACCAAACAAUGCAAAAAUAGAGCAAAAGCUUUCUUGGGCUCAGUGUCAAAGAAAUAGAGGGCUUCCAACUGUUCCAUCUACCGUUGAGGAAGAAUUGAGCACUAACCCUUUCAUGCGGGUUGAUAAUCCAGAGGUUCAGGUUAGUUUUAUAUUGAUUUGAAGUGCUCAGGCUGCUUCUUCAUAAUCUCACUUUAGUGGGUGUCAUGACAAAGAAUGGAUGGACAAUGCCCAACAAUGUAGACAGAUAAUUGAAUCACUGUAAACUUCACUGGAGAUAGAUAAGAUUAAUAAUAUUAAAAAAAAUUGAAUACGGUAAAUCAAAUAUUAAUAAAUAAAAAUAUGAGCAUAAUACAAGAUUUUUAUUGGUAACAGGCUCGAAUGAAAGACAGUUGAACUCUAGAAAGUAUUGAAAAUGCAGAAUAUUAGAAGUGCAUACUCCCUCCAUUCCAAAAGGAACUAACAUUUGCAAGUAGGCCAGGUGUUAAAAGUGGGUUAAAUAUUAUGGGGUAAUAUGUUACUUUUUGGGGAAAGACCAUCUGAUAGGAUGUAGGGUAGAAUUUAUGUGGCUAGUUGGGGGUGAAAAUGUCUUUUCAAUUGUUGACUUUUUUAAAAAGGGCAAUGAGAAGAUGGCUUUGGGCUGAGAGAGCUUUAACUUUUCUUUGUUGCUCGAGCCGGGGUUCUCUUGUAAACAACCACUCUACUUUCGAUCUCUGCUUACACACACCCUCCCUAGACCUUGCAUUCGUGGGGUUCUACUAGAUUGUUGUUGUAAACUCAAAUGAAGACAAAUUGAAACCGAAGUACAAAAAUAUACAAAACAAAUAGUACAUUUGUAAUACCCCCCCCCCCCCAACGGAAAGAUAAUUGGAAGGGUUGAGGAAGUAACUUCUUUUGAGUACUCUCUCUCUCUCUCUCUCUGCACGUUUAUUCUAUAUAUUCUCUCUGCCCCAUAGUUAUCUUCUUGCGUGGUUGUGUUGUGUGUAGAUAAAAGAGAAAUAAUAUGGACAAAAUUUUUUUCUUAAAAAAGUUGGAGAUUUUGGGAUAACCGUAACCCAAACAGGAAUGUAAGAAUAUAUAUAAUCAUGAGACCGAGGGACUAUAUGUUAUUCUCCACGAUUUUCACUAUUUAUGUAUGCCCGAGUUGCACAUUGAAAGUCUCCAUAGUUUGCCCAAAAAUGAGCCACUUUUUUCUUCAUAAUUUUGUGUAAACCUGUCCAUAUAUGGAAUUCACUUCUUAGUAUUUGGUCCUAGGGUCAAGUCUGUUUCUCGUACGACUUUUUGUAUGACCUAAGAUAGACAUGAGCUUCUUUUAGGUGUUUUUCAUUUAAGUGUUGCUUGAUUCGGGAGGGACUUUUUCAAAGUGUUGAAUAAGUUCUAUGAAUUUACCUUCCUAGUUUUUUACACGGCAUUAAGAAAAAAACUUCAACCUAUGAGCUCGAAUUUUAUUAGCUUCGGUAAAGUUUGGGAGUACGAAAACCUUAGCCCUGCAAAGCAUUUGCCUAUGUCUAUCACAAUUUCUUUAUAUUAUUAUUUUUAAAAUAAUAAUCACGUAUUUUUGAAAUUGUAAGAUUUUUUAUGGAAGGAAGAAAGUAUAUAGUUGCAUCAUUAUUUACAUAAUGCCAAGGUGACAAUUUACUUAAUUUGUUUUUUUGUUAAGUUUAUGUGAGAAUGUUUAUGCAUUUUCAGGUGUGUCUAAAGUGCAUUAUUAAAAAAACUCGACCAAGUUUUAUGUUGUGAUCUCCUUUCCUGAUGGGCGAAAUAUAUGCUAUCUUAUUGUAAACAUAAAUAAGAGAAUUUGGUGUUUGUAUAUCUGCUUUGUAUGUGGAUUGCUUCUAUCAUAUGUACUUUAGUUGCAUCAUAGGCUUUUUUCAUAUAAAGCAAAUUAGUAAAAAACAGUGUGCAUCUUUAUAAUAAUGUACACCCUAUUACUUAUCUAAUGUUCAUCUUUCUUUUAUGAAUUCUCUCCAUGAAAACUCUUCU